AUGCUUCUUCUUCUUCUACUAUUUCUAUCUUUAGUUGCAAGUGAAAAAAUUGAUAUAAAUUAUGCCGUAAAAUAUAUGGAAAGAUUUGGAUAUUUUAACAAGUCGAAACAUGAUGUCACAGAUAUGAUAUCGAUUUUAAGAGAUUUUCAAGAGAAAUUCAAUUUACUUGUAGAUGGCACUCUUAAUCCUGAGACAAUUCAACUAUUAGAGCGACCUCGUUGUAGUGUAGGUGAAAAUUAUGAUGGUGAACAUUCGUAUAGUGUUAGAACAAAAUGGAAAAAAACUAACCUAACUUGGUAUUUUCCUCAAGCCACACCGCCAUACGUUGCUGCUGCUGAAAAGGCAUUUAAUAUUUGGCAAGAAAAUUCCAAAUUUACAUUUAAAGGAGUAACGAUUCUAACAUAA